AUGCCAUCCCUUCGGAAACUCUCACAGAUGUCUGCCAUGAUAUACUCAGUGCGAACAGAUGCCCAGAAUAGCAUUCUCAGCCAUCAUGAGAAGCGGCGAACCCGUCUUGCCGACGACGCGGCACAGCUCGCGGCCAUGGGCCACAAACAACAGCUUCAGCGCAACUUCUCCAUGAUAUCCAUGCUAGGCUUAGCCCUCGCCAUUAUCAACACCUGGACCGCCCUCGCCGCUUCAAUCACACUCGCUCUCCCCUCGGGAGGAUCCAGUUCCGUCAUCUGGGGCCUCGUGGGUGCCGGCAUCUGCAACUUGUGCCUGGCGGCGUUGCUCGCCGAGUUCCUGUCCGCGUAUCCCACGGCCGGCGGGCAGUAUCACUGGGCCGCCAUCAUCUCGUGGAAGCGUGCGGACCGCGCCAUCAGCUACGUGACGGGCUGGAUCAACGUCUGCGGCCAAGUUGCUCCCAGCGCCACCGGUCCGCUGCUCGGCAGCACCUUUGUCGUCGACAUUAUUUCGCUUUUCAACCACUCGUAUGAUGCGAGGCCGUGGCACCAGUUCCCGAUUUACGUUGGCUUUGCACUUGUUGCUCUCGCCAUCAACGCCUUCUUGCUGCCAAACUUCACACUGAGGCGGCCUUCUUCUGGUCCAUGA